AUGGCCACUGCGCCUGAUUUACCACUACUCCGUGCGGUCGAUAUCGGAGAGCUCGUGAAGCUCGAUGUGCCCACGACGAAGAUCCGCACGGACGAGGAUGUCGUUUACUGGAAGAGGACGCGUGGAUAUCAAGACUUCGGCCUAUUUUUGCGACGCUUGAACGAAUCGGUCGUGGGCCACAAUUACCUUACACGGAACCCGUGGGCGAUGUCAGAACGCGCGACGACCAGGAUGGUUGCCCUCUUGGACACCCUCGACGGCUGGAUCGAUGAAAUUCCCCCGCUGCCAACGCCCCAGCGGUUUGGCAAUCUCGCCUUCCGCGCAUGGGGCAAACGUCUAGAAACUGAAGGCGAAGCCGUCCUCGCUAAGCUCCUUCCCGGAACUUUGCAGCCUGCCAUACCUUAUCUGUCGCCCUACCUCCUGACGUCUUUCGGGUCGUUCACGCGCAUGGACUACGGGACAGGCCACGAGGCAUCCUUCGCGCUCUUGCUUUUGUCCCUCACCUUGCUUCGAUUUUUCGAGCCGGAGGCUCGGACGGAGCGCGAGUUGGUCCUCUAUGUCUUCCAGCGGUACCUGCGUUUAUGCUGGCGGUUGCAAGAUGUGUAUAACCUGGAACCAGCCGGAAGCCACGGCGUAUGGGGGCUCGACGAUUACAGCUUUCUCAGUUACAUAUUCGGGAGCGGCCAGCUUCGAGAUCAGACAGAGAUACCCGUCAACGCCAUUUUGCACCCGCCUCUUCCGCCGGCAAACCUGUAUUUCAUGUCUAUCAUGCGCAUCCACGAAGUGAAACAUGGCCCGUUCCACGAACAUUCGUCGCAGCUUUAUUCUAUAGCCGUCGGCGUAUUAUCGUGGUUCAAGGUGAACUCGGGGCUCUUCAAGAUGUACGAGGCGGAGGUUCUAGGUAAGCGGGUGGUCGUGCAACACAUUCCUCUCGGUGGUCUACUGGACUGGGAUAAUACUGUUGGACCACCGUCUGGGCAAUCGCAGCCAUUCAGCACCACUCCUGUGACUGCUCCGCCACCGACAUCUACUUCGUUCGCCUCCGGGACAUCCAUACAAUCCCGGAGUCAAACAGGUUUCGGUGCGCACUCCAGUACCAUCCUCCCCCCUCUACCGACUCGUCGAGCAAACCCCGGUUCGAGUCGGACAGUGCAUGGUCGUCCUGGAUUCGGCGACACCAGAGGUAUUCUCCCUGGGCGCUUACCGCUCGGCCCCACUGCCAGUACGGCUCUGCGACCCAUCAACGCAGGUGCGGUCGGAGCAACGACUUCGCCUGAAGGUCCGUCCCGCUCGCCUACGCCGACUAAUCGCGGGAGCAGUCAGACGCAGCAAGGAGUUGGCGGGACAUGA